ACAUGAAUGCCUCUUCGUCAGUCAUCACCGCGUUACCACGUAUUCAUCUUCCUCAACGCGCAGACAACCUAAGACCUUCUUCUUCAAAUUCUCAUACUCUACUUAUAACACACAAAUAUAAAUACAAUAACAAGUCGCAAUUCUCACUAUAACUGUCAACUCGAAAAAAAAAAACACCUGGAUUAGUACACAAAAACCAUAAUAACCAAAAAUAUAUACACAAACACACUCAUCUAACCCUGUCCAUUUAGUUUGUAUAAAGAGAUAUGGAUGCAUCACCCAAGUACACAGGUGUCCGAAAGAGGAAGUGGGGAAAAUGGGUGGCUGAGAUUCGUCUCCCAAACAGCCGUGAAAGGAUCUGGCUCGGCUCCUUCGACUCCGCUGAGAAAGCGGCACGUGCUUUCGACGCCGCUCUUUACUGUCUCCGCGGCUCCGGAGCGCGUUUCAACUUUCCGGAUAAUCCGCCGGAGAUACCCGGUGGACGUUCCCUGACGCCGCAGGAGAUUCAGGUGGCAGCUAACCGUUUCGCCAGCGAGGAACUGUUACCACCACCACCACGACAACAAGGAUCACCGUCGCCAAGUGGCGAUAAGUCGGACGAAAGAGGAGGAAUUUUGGCACGUGGGGAAACUAAUGUUGGUGGGCCAACGUUAGGAGAAGUUGGUGAAUAUAAUAAUUACAACAACGAGAAUAAUAGCAAUGGUAAUGAUACGACAACGUAUUGGCCGUUUCUAUGGGAAGAGAAUCUUCUGGUUUCUAGUAUGUCGGAAGAGUUGGGUACCUUCUACAUGGAGGAUUCGUUACAGCAACAAGAACCUGAGCUCUCAUCUGAUUUUUACUACGAUGGAGCUUAUGUUGUUGAAGAUGAUUUCUCUCAUUACAAUAUUUGGAAUUUCUGAGAUCCAUAUUUUUAGUAGUGAUCUUGGACCGAAUAUUCCAUCAUUACUGAAGGAAAGUCACGCGUUCUGGAGCCGCCACGUGUCCCCCUCCUGAAAAACUCACCGUUUUCGUACGAGUUUUUUUUUUUUUGUUUUUGGCAAAUUUGGGCUUCGGUCCGUUCGUCGCUUCCUGCGAAUAACAUCAUAAAGCAUCACCCCCCUAAACCUAAUUAUCGCCUUCGUUCAUCCGAGUCUGAUCUCGGCGGCGAGAAUAACGAUCCAUCGUUCUCCUUCUCCCUGUAACAGAACUAGACUUUAAUGGCAUCAAUGCGUCCGUCGAGAUCUCCGUUAUAAAUAGGUUUUUUUUUUCUGAUUUGAAGACUAGGAAGUGUUCAAACGUUAAGCGGGAUGGAUAUUGCGGCUUCAUCUAAUCUCUUUGCAAUCUAAUCGCGUCUUCACACAGCUUCUUCCCCGUUUAUCUCCGCAGCAAACAGGAAUUGAGUUUUUAUCCUCGCCAAAUCAUGCCCAGACAAUCAGAGCUUCGGUUCGAACGAUUCCAAUUUUCACUGGAGACAACCCAACGAAACCCAGGGCAUCAGCAAUCGAUGUCAAGGAGACAGUGAAUGAUGACAUGUGUGUGCUUAUCUCCAGCUUUAAUUACCAAUGCCUACACUUUGGUCUCUGUACAAAACGCAGAUGCUUUAGACAAGAAACCAUGAGUUUGCCGUAACUGCCAGUGCAUUGGUACUGUUCUUUGUGAUAUGUGCGGGGAUACAAGAAAAUGGAAAGCUCCCAACCGAAAACGAGCCAAAGAUAGGUUUGAGUUUACAGAAUGUCCGAACUGUUAAGGUGGAGGGUUUUCCCAGUCUGUUUAGGUACAUGUUUACCAAACAACAAAGGACUCCUUAGAAGGUGGUGCUCGUACAAUGUACAAUGGUUGUCUUCUUCCCAAUUCUUGAGCAGCACAAUGGCAAUAGUUAUGAUUAUAGAAGAGGAAGAAAAGUAAUACAUUGUCGACGCAUGUGAAGCUAUAGGAGAAUGGGAUGCUAGAACAUGUUUUUGUAAUGCUGCUAGAAAUGUGUUGUUAAUUCUUUACAAACCUAAGAGUUUUCUUCUUCCUUAGACAGUCUUGACGACUCAAUUUCACAUUCCCUACAUCGAUGACAACGAUACAAACUUCAGUCCUCAGA